AUGUAGUAUCGUAAGAUUAAAUUAGAAUUUGGGAAGUAAGAGUAUAAGACAAGUAAGAAUUCAAAAGUGUAAUUAUAAUUGAUGAAAUUUCAUAAAUUGAGGGUAUUAAAAAUGCAUUGAAUUAUAGUUAUCAACCUAUGUCUGUGAAAAAAAUUUAUGGUUAUAAAUUAAUAGGAGUGUUUUUGUAAAAUGUCAAAUAGAAAUUAGAAAGCCCUUCAAAUUGUGUGAAUUGUGUUACUCAUGA